AUGUCUUUGCCGCUGAAUUUAUCGGAUACUAGAGGCAAACGGCAAAACAUGAGCGGAACGCGUGAAAAUAGCCCGGUCGAUCCACAAUUAUUGAAUAUUCCAAGCAGAUAUUAUCCAUGCCCGAUAAUCUGUGAUCCGAUUUAUCAGCCGGUCCCGUCACCCUCAUAUAGCCCAUUAUUUCCGGAUUUUCAGUACGGGGAUCAAAUUUCGCUGAAUUAUCACCAGAACCAAUUGGCUCCAUGCCACCACUGCCAUAAUAACCAUGUUGCGUCUCCUUAUCUUUUUUCGAACCAACAAUACCAUCCUUCCUUUCAAAACCUGACCCUGGAUCAGUUUGAGCUAUUCAAUACCCUUGGGACAGGAACCUUUGGCAGGGUAUAUCUUUGCCGGUUUAGACAGCCAUUUUCACCCCCAAUUUCACCGGCCGCAGAUAUGCUCUAUUCGCCAAAUGGCAGACAAUGCUCGAGCUCCGAAUAUCGGUUUCAGCACCAAGUCAUCACAGAUUCUUCCUUCUUUGCGCUCAAAAUGAUGUCCAAACGGGAGGUUUUACGGCUGAAGCAGCUUGAGCAUGUUUUUUCGGAAAAGACGAUUCUUUUAUCGUGCUCGCAUCCUUUUAUCAUCCACUUGCAUUCAACUUUUCAAAACCAAAAAUAUCUGUUCAUGCUGUUGGAGUAUGGCUCUGGCGGAGAGUUAUUUUCAUAUUUAAAGAAAUACGGCAGAUUUUCUCUGCCGGUGACCCGCUUUUAUGCCGCCGAGUUGGUCCUGGCGUUGGAAUACCUGCACUCUCGAAACAUUGUGUUUCGGGACUUGAAGCCAGAAAACCUUCUUCUAGAUGCACUGGGACACAUUAAGAUCGCAGAUUUUGGCUUUGCAAAAGCACUCUUCGAAUCAAUGACUUGGACCCUUUGUGGCACUCCCGAAUAUUUAGCACCUGAAAUCAUCCAGGGCCAGGGCCACUCAAAAGAGGUUGAUUGGUGGGCCCUUGGAAUUCUCAUUUAUGAGAUGCUUGUGGGAUUUCCCCCGUUCUACGAUUCAAACCCAUUUCAGAUUUACGAAAAAAUUUUGCUCGGAAACAUUGCAUUCCCGGAGUGGAUUGAUCUUGACACCAGGUUGUUUAUUUCUCAUCUUCUCAAUGCAGACAGAAAAGAAAGAUUGGGGUCUUCCCUCUCCACAGGAGGCUCAAACGAUGUCAAAAAGCAUCCCUGGUUUACGGGGGUCGAUUGGAAUGCUAUCUAUUGGCGGCGGAUCCCACCGCCAAUAAGGCCCGCUUUGAGCUUUCCAGGCGACUCUGCGAAUUUUGAGCGGUAUCCAGAAAUUAGACCCGAACCUAUACCUUCUUGGGAAGUAGAUCCCUAUCAACACCUUUUUGACGGAUUUUAG